GCGACUGCGGCAGCAGCUUAGGCAUCACGAUGACGGUGGCCAUGAGUCGGGGCUUGUGCUGUAGUGCCGUAGGAGAGAGCCGUGGACUAAAAUUUCUAAUUGGCUAAUCAGUCGGUAGAAAGAAAUUAAUUGAAGGAAAUAUGGCCCUCUUUCAGACGGAAACAUAAGCAUCAAAAUAGAUGAAAUGAGCUUGCAGGCUAAUAAGCUGGCAGAAUCUCAUCUGUUCUCACCAAAUGCGAGCCGCCCUCGCCGAACUCCCCAAGCCUCUCACCUCCGUGCUCUUCCACCUUCGCCCAUUAAGCUCCACCACCGCCGUCGAUCCCUCCCACCUCCUCCGCGUCUCCACCAUCCUCUACCAGCAGCAGCACUCACCCGAUUCCCGCCUCCACGCCUCCCUCCGCUCCUUCCCCUUCCACCUCAGCCCCGAGUUCUUCCUCCGCGUCUGCAACAACUUCCCCCUCUCAUGGCGUCCCGUCCACCGCUUCUACCAGUUCACCCUCACCCGCCCCGACUUCCCCCACUCCUCCCUCACCCUCAACAAGCUCGCCGACGUCGUCGGCAAGUCCCGGAACGUCGCCCUCUUCUGGGAAGUCCUCCAGGACAUGGCCCGACGGCGUUUGGCCAACGAAAAGACGUUCAAGAUUGCUUUGAAGACGUUGGCUCAGGUCAGGGAGCUGAAGAAGUGCGUGGGGUUCUUCCACUUGAUGAAUGAGAAUGGUUGGGGGUACAGCGUGGAGACUCUGAAUAUGGUGGUGGAGUGUUUGUGCAGGGACAGGCUAGUGGAGGAGGCUAAAUAUGUGGUCUUUCAGUUAAAGGACGUGGUUAGGCCUAAUGGGGUUACUUACGGGUGGUUGAUCAGAGGGUUUUGCAAUGCCGGUGACUUGAUCGAGGCCUCCAAAGUUUGGAACUCGAUGGUGGAUGAAGGGCUGGAGCCAGAGGUUUGGGCGUUCGAGGCGAUGAUGGAGAGAUUCUUCAAGAGUAAUCGGUAUGGCGAGGCGAUGAAGCUCUUGGGGAUGAUGAGGAUGAGGAUGCAGGAUCGGUUGGAUGUUUCCACCUACAGGCUUGUGAUCAGUUGGCUGUGUAGGAGGGGCAGGGUGAGUGAAGCUUAUAUGGUGUUUGAAGAAAUGCAUAAGAGAGGGAUCCAGACAGAUGCAUUGACGGCGGGAUCACUUGUCUACGGUCUGUUGGCGCAAGGCCGGGUGGGAGAGGCCUAUAAGAUUGUAGAAGGGAUUGAGAGGCCGGACAUUAACGUGUACCAUGGAUUGAUCAAGGGGCUAUUGAAACUGAAAAGGGCAGGCGAGGCGACCGAUGUUUUCAGAGAGAUGAUAAGGAGAGGGUGCGAGCCCAUAAUGCACACGUACAUCAUGUUAUUGCAAGGGCAUUUGGGGAAGCGGGGGAGGAAAGGACCUGAUACGCCUGCAAAUUUCGACUCCAUUUUCGUGGGGGGAUUAGUGAAAGCGGGGAAGUCCUUGGAAGCAACCAAGUACGUCGAGCGGACAUUGAAUAGAGGACUCGAGGUGCCUCGAUUUGAUUACAAUAAGUUCUUGCAUUACUAUUCGAGUGAGGAUGGCACGCUCAUGUUUGAAGAAGCGAGCAAGAGACUAAGAGAGGCGGGCAUGAUCGAUUUGGCUGAUAUACUCGAGAGAUAUGGCGAGAAAAUGGCGACUCGCGAGAGGAGGAGAAACAGAGCAGCCGAAUCAUGAGAUGAGCUUUAUGAGGCCAAGUGUGUGGAAAGGUUCUUCUUUCAUAGGGCCUUAUCAAUGAGAAGGCUAACUAACAAAAAGGAUAUGCCUGUACAUGCAAACCGGUGGACAGAUAAACGGAAGAUGCAUCUGAAGCCCUUUCUGUUGGCAUUCUUGUCGCUUUUUUAGAUUGGCUACUGAUUGGGCGAUUAAUCUUUGCAAAAUGUAUUCAAGAUGAUGUAAAAUGUAUAUGAAAAGAAAUGGAUAAAGAAGACUCCAGUGCUGCCCAUACUCAGAGGCUCUUACUCCAGUGUAUAUGUACCUCAAACUAAAUUUAGUUAGACCAGCCAAGAUAUUCGAAAACAACCGAUCCCAUUCAAAGCUAAUUCUAUGCAAAUUGCUCUGGCAUCUGGACAUUUUAAAAUAUCAGGACACUCUUGUUUUCUAAUUGAAUCUUCCCUUUUACU